UGAUGGCGAGCGCGUGCCGUGUGUGCGCGGCGACGCGGGCGUCUGCGCAGCUCCACGCAUCACAUGCCGUCUAACGGAGGCCCAUGUGAGAGCAGCUGUCAGCAGAGUCUGCAUUCUACUUCCCGGACAUGGAGUCAGGUUCCAUGGAGCAGCUGGAGCCAGAGGAGGAGUUCCUGAGAUUUUCCCGGAAUGGAGAUCUGCCUGGAGUUCAGAGGCUUCUCGUGUCCCAGAUUAACGAAGAGAGGCAGAUCGACAUCAACUGUAAAGGUAAAAGUAAGUCUAACCUAGGAUGGACGCCUCUUCACUUGGCCUGCUAUUUUGGUCACAAAGAAGUUGUGAAGGAACUACUUAAGGCAGGUGCAGAUGUUAACUUGCCCAAUAAUAUUGGAGACACCCCUCUGCAUAAAGCUGCCUUCACAGGAAGAAAGGAGAUUGUCAUGCUGCUGCUGCACUAUGAUGCAUGUGCUACUGUCAUCAAUGGGACAGCACAAGUUCCCAAAGAUGUCACUCAGAAUGCUGAGAUCAGAGGCAUGUUGGAAGCUGCUGAGAGGACAGAGGAGAGGAAACUGGAGGAGAAGCUUCUGGAAGCAGCUCGUGAAGGAGAUCUGUCCACAUUAAGUCAGCUGCUCACCAAGAGAAAGCCCUCAGAUAUCAACUGCACCGAUCUCCUGGGAAACACUCCACUGCACUGCGCGGCUUAUCGAGGCCAGAGGCAGUGUGCCCUGAAGCUGCUGAAGAGUGGAGCCAGCCCCUACUCAAAGAACAAGAACGGUCAGACAGCGCUGGACUUGGCCAGUGGAACAGCAAUGCAACAGUUUCUGGAAGCCAACAUUCAUCGGGGUUCAACUCGUCAUGUCAAGAAGUUUGAGGGUCUCAUCUGGAAGGCAUGGCUUGAUGCUCUGGAGGAGCACUCAGCUUACAGCACACACUACUGCUCCCAGGAGCAGGACAGUGAGGAGGAGGAGGAGGAAGAGGAAGUGAUGUCACUUGGGGAAUUGUCAGAGUCAUUACAGGCAGCAGAGGUCAGCCAGAAGAAGCUGGAAAAGGAGGUGGCAGCUUUCCUGUCCCUGCUGAGAAAUGACGCCGUGUCCGAGCAGUUUCCAUCUGCCGUUCUGCAGAAAAUGCAGGAAAUCUGUGAUCUGUCCAGUGAGACCUCAUCCAGCCUCAGUGUCUGCCUCAGCCUCUUAUCCAAGCAGCAAGGGGUACGCAGUUUGAAAUUGGAGCAGGAGGUCGAGAAGAACAAGAUCCUUUCUGAAGCACUACAGACUCUGGCCACAGAGCAUCACGAACUUGAGCAAUCGGUCGUCAAGGGAUCUUCGCCGCGGAGCGCCCUCAGUGAGGAUGACUUCCACGACGCUGUAUCUGAAUCAGACUCUGAGAUCUCCCUGAGCGGCUUUGAGACGGUCGCCAGCCAUUCCUUUGACGAGGACGACGAGGAAGACGAAGGCUCCGUCAUGCUAAGCAGCCCUUGUAGCAGUCCAACGACCAGCAUGCAGCAGGAGGAUUGCCAUGGAGACAAGAACGAGACUCAGCCCAAUGGAAUAACAAAGCAUAGGAUGAGUUUACCUGCACCAAUGUUUUCAAGGAAUGACUUCAGCAUUUGGAGUAUCCUGAGGAACUGCAUUGGAAUGGAGCUCUCCAAGAUUACAAUGCCAGUGAUUUUCAACGAGCCCCUCAGCUUCUUGCAGCGUCUGACGGAGUACAUGGAGCACACGUACCUCAUUCACCAGGCCAACACCAGCUCAGACUCCAUUGAGAGGAUGAAGUGUGUGGCUGCGUUCGCCGUGUCCGCCGUGGCCUCUCAGUGGGAACGCACAGGGAAACCCUUCAACCCUCUGCUAGGAGAAACCUACGAACUGGUCAGAGAGGAUCUGGGCUUCAGGCUCAUCUCUGAGCAGGUGAGCCACCAUCCUCCGGUCAGUGCCUUCCACGCUGAGGGCCUAAAGCAAGACUUUGUGUUUCAUGGAUCCAUCUACCCAAAACUUAAGUUCUGGGGCAAGAGUGUUGAAGCUGAACCAAAAGGGACCAUCACGCUGGAGCUCCCCAAGUACAACGAAGCCUAUACAUGGACGAAUCCCACCUGCUGUGUUCACAACAUCAUAGUGGGUCAGCUGUGGAUCGAGCAGUACGGAAACAUGGAAGUGAUCAACCACAGAACUGGUGAAAAGUGCUGUCUGAACUUUAAACCAUGUGGACUGUUUGGGAAAGAGCUGCACAAAGUGGAAGGUUACAUUUUUGAUAAAAGCAAAAAGAAGCUGUGUGCGCUCUAUGGGAAGUGGACAGAGUGUCUCCAUGUCGUUAGCCCGGCAGCCUUUGAAGCUCACAAGAAAAACGACAAGAAAUCAUCAGAAGACAAGAAAGCCAGCAAAGCGGGCAGCAGUGCAGAUCAGGAGGACGUUCCUUCUCCAGCUGCAGACACUGUGGAGGUGAUUCCAGGCAGCCAGCUGCUGUGGAGAAUCGCUCCCAGACCGGCCAACUCCACCCAGAUGUACAGCUUCACUUGCUUCGCCAUGCAGCUGAACGAGCUGACCCCAGAGAUGGAGGGAGUCAUUCCUCAGACUGACUGCAGACUCAGACCAGACAUCCGCGCCAUGGAGAACGGCGACAUCGACCUCGCCAGUGAGGAGAAAAAGAGACUUGAGGAGAAACAAAGAGCUGCUCGCAAAAACCGAAGCAAAUCUGACGAGGACUCGAAGAUGAAAAGUCCUUCCCUGGGCCCCAGGUGGUUCCAACAAGGCCAGAACCCCCACACCCGCUCCCAGGACUGGCUCUUCUCAGGCGGAUACUGGGACCGGACGUACCCCAACCUGCCGGAUAUUUACUAACGCUCUCCUGCUGCUCGCAAUGAUGUCACCAUGAGGAGCAGUUUCAGCUCUUCUCUUUUUUAACUUAAAAACUAAAGUUACUCACUCACUGACAAAGGAGCACAAUGUAAAUAGCGUGGCCUUAAUCAAAUGUACGACCAGAAGCUGUGAGUUAAACAUGUCUCAAUCAUUAGUUCAAAUACUUAGCAAAGUUACUUUCUUCCCUUUAAAAAAAACUUGUUUAUGUAUAUAUCAAACUGUUGGCUCAGGUGCACAUGUAUGUUGUACUCUGAAUUGUUCAUUACUGUAUGCUUGUAUAGUAUAUAUACACAGCCCAUGUUAUCCCCAGUUUGUCUGGAUUUGAAUUAUGUUACAGAACCUCCAGCAGGAGUUAAGUAGAGACUGACGUGAAUGUGUUCUCAUCAAGAAUCAUGUACAAAUCAAUUCCACAUGUGUUCUAUUUAAACCCUUACCACCCUGAUAAAAUGACUUAAAGAAUCAUCUGUGGGUUUGAAAUAGUGCUGCCACCAACGAUUAUUUUAAGUGUCGGCAAAGCGAGCAGAAGUUGUGCUGAACUUCAUAGUGAUAGAUUCUAGUUCAGAGACCUGAUGGAUCAGAGGGAUGUGUACAACGCUCUGAAAAAUGAGCAAUGUUGCAGUGAUUAGUAGUGAAAUACACAUUGGCUUCUGCUUUGAGAAAACUUGAGCUGCAGCUCUGACUGUCAUGUAAAUAAAACAUCUUAGCCUCAUUCAUCCUGUAAUCACACUGAUAUGUUUCUGGAAAGAAUUGGUUUGUUUUCCCUUCACUUUUGAAGCACCUGUUCAGGUUAAUGAACCGUUUAAAUGCUAGAUUUAAUAAUCUUGCAAUCACACUUUUAGACACUUAUUUGUUAAAGCACAUUCAUUCAGUUUUUUCUUUAAAUGAAAAAUAUGUUGUUGUGGAAAUCAGACAAUAUUGACUGUUCCCUUGAAAAACAAAUAUUUCAUAAUUUACCAAAAGAAAAGCAGAAUUAAUUUCUGGAUCAAAGCAACUUGUAUAUGAGAUCCAGUCGCUGUGUUUAAUGGUGUGAUCAUUAAAUAAAAUGAAUUUGA